AUGGCUACAGUAACCGUUACGACUGAAGUGGGCGUGGAGUCACUCCAGACUAAAGAUAUCGCGACUCGACUAUUGAACGGCACACUUCACUCCCAGUGGCCCGCCUUCGAGCAGUUUGCAACUAUUGAUGGCCUAUUAAAAUCUCAUGCUGCUCAGCCAGACCAGGCUCAGCGGCCUCUUAUAUGCUAUCCGAUUCGCGGAGCGGCUGAUUUUGAGGAGCAUACAGCCGGCGAUAUCGAUCGGUAUACUGAUCUCGCUGUUCGCUUUUAUAUGCAGCAAGGGCUUAUGCCUGCGGACCCAAUCCUUGACCAGGCGCCUGUUGUUGCUAUGCUUGCUGGGUCUAGCUUCGAGGUCGUGGUGACUUUCUUCGCGCUGAAUCGUCUUGGCUAUGCCGUGCUUUUCUUGUCUACGCGUCUAACAGCCCCGGCUUAUGUCCGACUAAUGAAUAUGACAAAUUGCAGUCAAAUUAUCAUCACGAAGCAGUUUCAACAAGUUGCAACUGAAAUUUGUAUCGAGAGUCCUGGCUGCACUAGCUUCUACCUACUACAAAGAGAGGACUGGUUCAAUCGUUCUGCCAGCAUCGCUCUGUUUGAACGCCCUGGUGCAGAUCCAUCACGAGAAGGCAAUAAAAUUGCUUGGAUUCUACAUUCGUCGGGGAGUACUGGUUUCCCGAAGCCGAUUUUUCUUACCAACCUUCAAACUCUCGCCAAUUUCCGCAAGAGCUUCGGCCUGCGUCUUUUUACAAUCAGCCCGCUCUUUCAUUCCCAUGCUCUGAUGGAGCUUGGACGAGCAUUGUUUACAAGAGCACCAGCAUACUUAGGAAAUCAUUCCCUGCCAGUCACAUACCAAAACCUUUUCGAUGCCCUUCAGGUGGCCCGGCCACAGCAAAUCAGUGCCGUGCCGUAUGUGAUCAAGCUACUGGCAGAGAAGCAAGAAGGCAUCCAAGCACUGGCUAGUCCGCAGCUCGUGCUAUAUGGUGGCUCUAGCUGCCCAGACGAUCUUGGCGACCGUCUUGUUGCACAGGGUGUGAACUUGGUCGCCAACUAUGGAGCCACGGAGACAGGACAAAUCAUGACUUCUUUCCGAGCCCCGGGAGAUAAGGAGUGGCAGUAUAUGCGACUGCACAGACCUGUUGCUGAUCUCACUCUGAUGGAUGAGAUCUCGCCUGGGGUUUUUGAAUGUGUUGCAUUGGAUGGUCUGCCGAGCAAGGGUCCUUCAAAUUCGAAACCACCCUAUAGCGCAAAGAACCCAGAGAACUCUUUCAGGACAGCCGAUUUGUUCACCAGACAUGAGGAUCCGACGAAGAGCAAUUAUUACAAGUAUUUGAGUCGGCUAGAUGAUCGAAUCACAUUGGUCAACGGCGAAAAAGUGCUUCCCAUCCCAAUCGAAGGUCGUGUUAGAGAAGAGCCUAUCGUGAGUGACUGUGUUGUAUUCGGCUUCCAGCGGACUGUGCCUGGUGCUUUGAUUUUCCGUGCCCCUGGCAAGGUGCCUCACUUGAGCGACGAUGGAUUCUUGGAAGCUAUCUGGCCAGCCGUUGAAGCCGCAAAUGCUCGAGCCGAGACGUUCUCCCGUAUUCCCAAGGAGCUUGUUGUGAUCAAAGGUGCUGAUGUUGCAUACGCCAGAACUGACAAAGGAACCUGUAUCCGCGCUCAGGUUUAUCAGCAAUUUGAGGAGGAUAUCGAACAAGUAUAUGCCAGGUUUGAAGGGAGUGGCCAGAAAGGAGGUUCCCUCGCGCUCAGUAUUCCAGAGCUGGAGCAUUGGCUUCUUUCAAGAUUCAGUGAAGAUCUGGACGUACAAAUACCCGGCGCGGAGGCUGACAUCUUCUCUGCUGGAGUCGAUAGCUUGCAGGCGAUGCAGAUUUGGAGGUUUAUCGUGCGUGAUAUCGAUAUCGGUGAGCGAGGAGAUGAGCUUUCUCAGAACAUUGUGUUCGAAAAAGGAACUGUGAACGCACUCGCAAAGCACCUUUACCAGCUACGAACUGGUCAAGAAUCCGAGAAGGACGAUGAGCUUAGUUCCAUGCGUGAAUUGAUCGAAAAAUACUCCCACUUCACUCAACAUUUCCCAACAACUACCAGACAACCAGAAACAGAGGUGGUGAUGGUCACCGGUGCAACUGGCAACUUGGGAGCCUUUAUUGUCUCGGAACUACUAAAACGACCAACAGUCUCUGAAGUCUGGGCAAUCGUGCGUGCGCCAGGACAAGCAGCGGCAGGAUCUCGUCUCUACAAAUCGCUAGCCGAUCGCAAAAUCUCUCUCACCGAUACCGAAGCUGCAAAGCUCCACGCAGUCCCUUGUGACAUGUCACAAUCCAACCUCGGUCUCAAAGACCGCGAUUUACAAUACUUACUCUCAUCAUUGACAUGUGUCAUCCACAGUGCCUGGGCCGUGAACUUCAACUUAGGCGUACGGUCCUUCGAGCAACAACAUAUCCGGGGAACUUACAACCUUCUCAACCUCUGUCUACGCUCCCGUCUACCAUCCCCGGCACGGUUCUUCUUCUGCUCUAGUGUGAGUACUGCAAGCAACACGCCCAAGCCCACAUCGAUUCCGGAGACCAUGAUCGAGAACUUGGAGCACGCACAGAAAACAGGGUAUGGAAGGUCCAAACUGGUAACAGAACAUGUCACUCGCAACGCGAUGCGUCAGACAGGAAUGCAAGCCCGAGUUCUGAGAAUCGGUCAGCUUGGUGGUGAUACACUUAGCGCACAGUGGAAUGAGACGGAAGCUGUUGCGCUUAUGUUCCGGAGUGCAUUGACGACGGGCACAUUGCCGGAACUCAAUGAGCGACUGAGUUGGUUGCCUGUUGAUCAGUGUGGUCGGGCUAUCUCUGAUAUUGCCAUGAGACCUGCUGGAAGAUCGGACGUCAAUAUGGUGUACCACUUGGUAAACCCGCGGACUUUCAGCUGGAAGCAUGAUUUGCUGCCUGCUUUGAGACAGGGAUCAGCCUUGUUGGAAUUUGAGGUUGUGGCUCCACAGGAAUGGCUGAGGAGAUUGGAGGGUAGUGAGCAGGAUCCAGAGAAGAAUCCGAGUGUCAAACUCAUUGAUUUUUGGAGGACUAAGUAUGCAGAUCAGGGCCAGUCGGAGUCCGGAUCAAGGCGUAACGCAGAGGUCGGUCUUACAUUCGAAACUGACCAUACGAUCCGAGAAUGCCCAUAUUUGGCACUUGUGGAAGACCCCGUUACUGGUGGUUUGAUACAGAGGUAUAUCAAGUCGUGGAUGGAUCGAUGGACUGUUGAAUGA